GAAAUUGAGCGGUAUUGCUUUCAUGAAAUGGGCCGAGUUAAUAAACUGGGCCAGCCCAUUAAUACAGGUGACCUAGGUCACUCUCACUCGCGCAGGCGUCGGCUCGUCUGCCUUUUUCUUCUCGAGAGAAAAAUAAUAAGAUCGCCGCCGUUUCGUCUCGUCGCCCACCCAGAGGAGUCAAUGGCGGCGUCUUCCUCCGUCCGCCUCCACCACCAGCCAUCCCCCUCCCUCCGACUGCCCGCCCCCACCAACCAUCAGUUCCUCGCGGCGAGAUGCCGCUGGCGCGGGCAUCCCGGCGGCGCGGCGGCUCCUCCCCUCCGCCUCCGCGCCACGGGCGCCGCGCAGCCGUUUGACAGCAGCGAGUCGCCGCCCCGCGCGGUUGAGCUCGAGAAAAGGGAGGAUCAGCAGCAGCAGCAGCCGCGCCUCAAGAUCGCCGUGGUUGGGUUCGGCAACUACGGCCAGUUCCUGGCGCGCACGCUGGUGGCGCAGGGCCACACCGUCCUGGCCCACUCCCGCUCCGACUACUCCGCCGUCGCCGCGGCCCUCGGCGCGCGCUUCUUCCCCGACCCGCACGAUCUCUGCGAGUGCCACCCGGACGUGGUGCUCCUCGCCACCUCCAUCCUCUCCGCCGAGGCCGUCCUCCGCUCGCUCCCCGUCCACCGCCUCCGCCGCAACACCCUCUUCGUCGACGUGCUCUCCGUCAAGGAGUUCCCCAAGAACCUCCUCCUCAGCUCCCUCCCCCCCGACUUCGAUGUCAUCUGCACCCACCCCAUGUUCGGCCCGGAGUCCGCGCGCGACGGCUGGGACGGCCUCCCCUUCGUCUUCGACAAGGUCCGCGUCGGCGAUUGCCCCGCCCGCCGCGCCCGCGCCGAGGCCUUCCUCAACAUCUUCGAGCGCGAGGGAUGCCGGAUGGUCGAAAUGUCCUGCGCCGAGCACGACGCGCACGCCGCCGAGACCCAGUUCCUCACCCACACCGUCGGCCGGAUGCUCGCCAUGCUCGAGCUCCGCUCCACGCCCAUCAACACCAAGGGCUACGAGACGCUGCUCCGGCUCGUCGACAACACCUGCAGUGACAGCUUCGACCUCUACAAUGGCCUCUUCAUGUACAACAAGAACUCCACCGAGCUGCUCAACCGCCUCGAAUGGGCCAUGGACUCCGUCAAGAAGAGGCUCUUCGACGGCCUCCACGACGUGCUCCGGAGGCAGCUGUUCGACUUCGAGGGCUCGCCGGCGGAUCCCGCCGAGCUGCUGGUGGUGGGUGGCGAUCUGUACACCGACGGCGACGAAGGUGACGCGGACGCCGUCGACGGCGGAUCGAGAGGGGAAUAAUUGAUCGAUCGCGCCGGUCUUGCAUAGUGGUUCUUGCGGUCCCCAGCUUGCAUGUUGGAUCUUAUCCUGCUGGCAGACCAUGCGGAGAUGAUCGAAUCAUCGAACGCGGCAUUCUUGUUCUUGCUGUAUCCAAAAUCGUCGUCGAAAUGAAAUCUUUUGCCUUUACGCCGUUUUCA